CAACCUUCAGCGAAGUGACUCAGUGCGCGUGUCAUCUGUCAGAUUAUUUGCUCAAAGCUCUAUUUUCACGACUUGACACACGCCUCUGUCAUCGUCAUGGGGCUUCACAGCAUAUUGAAGAAGCUGAAACAGAAAGAGCACGAAGUUCGGUUACUUAUGCUUGGUCUCGACAAUGCAGGGAAGACAACAGUGGUCAAGAGGUUUUGUGGAGAAGAUAUCAGCACAAUAUCCCCAACUUACGGCUUUAAUAUAAAGACAGUUGAACAUGUAGUGGAUAAAUAUGAAUAUAAAUUGAACAUAUGGGACGUAGGAGGACAAAGCUCACUGCGUUCGUACUGGAGGAAUUACUUCGAAUGCACAGAUGGCCUCAUAUGGGUCGUGGACAGCGCGGACGUUGAUCGCCUGAAGGACUGCCAGGGGGAACUCAAGAAGCUGUUAGAGGAGGAGAGACUGGCAGGGGCAACACUACUUGUCUUUGCUAACAAGCAGGAUCUUCCAGAGGCCCUUUCUUCCGAGCAAAUAAGAGAUAUCCUGGACCUCAACAAUCUCAAGACACACCACUGGUACAUCUUGCCGUGCAGUGCUGUCACAGGCGAGAACCUCGUGGCAGGUAUAGACUGGCUCAUCCGAGAUAUCGCGGCUAGAAUAUUCACCUUGGAUUAAUAUUAUUUAUAAAGACAUUUGAUGUAGGUUCAUGGACUAAUCAUGUUCAGUGGUGUUUGAGGUAGGUUCUUCAACAUUCCGUGUGUAGUGAUGGCCAUCUGAAGAAAAGAAUGUGACGUAUAGGGUUAUUCUGUAGAAACUGAUAGAAAAUUUCUUAUACUUUUGUGUUAAAGAUGAAUCAUUAACCCACUGGCCUCAGUCAACUUGAUGUAUGCCCACUGUAAUUUUAGUUAUUAAUUGUGCUUACACAGAAAUCUCUCCACAAGUAUUUAGUCACCAAGGAGUCCAUUAUAAGUUCUAACAAUCUCACCUGUUUACCCUUUUCCUUGAUUUUUGGAAAGAUUAAUUUUAAUUAUUAUGAUUACUUUGAUGUAAUAAUAAUCAUAACACCAAUGAUAACGAUAACAGUAUCAAUAUUAAUAGCAUUAAAAGGAAAAUGCAAAUUGAAAUAAUAAGGAAAGCAGACAUGGUCACUAGGGAUGACGAAUUGGCUCCUAGGUAGCUAAGCAUUUGUGGAACCAUUUGUGUGCAAAAAAAUUUACUGAAAAGUAUAGUGGACAGAACAAAAACCUGAGGCUGAGGGGUUUAAUAGAUUGUACUUUCUUUUUUUAUUGAUUUUUCCAUGCUGAAGAAUCAGAUAUUCACCUAGUUGUUGAGUAAAAUCAUCCUUGUUUGUUUUCUUUAUUGUGGUAUAAGACUAUGUUUGAUUAAGUAUCCAAUUUAUGUAUUACUGAAAAGAGGUCAAUUUUAUUGUAUCAUUAGUAAUCAAGUGAAAUAUUACUGUAUAUUAAAUUGACAUUAAUUAAUUAAUUUAUUUUAUUUUUUAUUUUUUUGUUUAUUAUUAUUAUUUUUUCUUUUUCAUUCCAUAUAUAUUUAAACUAUUGUUAUUAUUUACCAUGCAUCACAGAUUAUUAUGAGUUUCUUUUAGGCAUGUCUAUGCUUUUUCUUUUCAUUUUCAAACAAUGUAUAAAAGUUAUGAUUUUUAGGUAUGUAGGAAACUAAUGCAUCAAGUUUAGUGUGAAACAGGUGCACCAUCAAAAUUUGUUUUAAAAUUAAUUGUAUUCUCUUGCAGUAUGCAAAUUAUACAAGCCAUUUUUUCAUCUCUUUCAUCAUUGUCAUCUUAGUAUGUAUUUUUAUUGUCUGUGAUGGUUUGUCUUCAUUAUCUCAUUAUUAAACGCAGUCUCACAUUUUA